GGGCGGAGCGCGCAGAGCGAGGCGGGGGGCCGCGGAUCCGGGACUCCAUUAGUGGGUCCGGCCGGGAGGCUGAGCUGAGUGGGCUGAGGGAGCGGGCCGCGGCCGCCGACGCCCCGCCAGACGCCGCCCCCCGCGCCUGUGGCCGGCGAACCCCGGGGCCGGGGAGCGCGAGGAGCGCGCGGAAGGAGCUAUGGCUCUGGACGGGAUAAGGAUGCCAGAUGGCUGCUACGCGGACGGGACGUGGGAGCUGAGCGUCCACGUGACGGACCUGAACCGGGAUGUCACCCUCAGAGUGACCGGAGAGGUGCAUAUCGGAGGGGUGAUGCUCAAGUUGGUGGAAAAGCUGGAUGUAAAAAAGGAUUGGUCUGACCAUGCUCUCUGGUGGGAAAAGAAGAGAACUUGGCUGCUUAAGACACAUUGGACCCUGGAUAAGUAUGGAAUUCAGGCAGACGCCAAGCUUCAGUUCACCCCCCAGCACAAGCUGCUGCGCCUGCAGCUGCCCAACAUGAAGUGUGUGAAGGUGAAGGUGAAUUUCUCUGAUCGGGUCUUCAAAGCUGUUUCUGACAUCUGUAAGACUUUUAAUAUUAGACACCCUGAAGAACUUUCUCUGUUAAAAAAACCCAGAGAUCCAACGAAGAAGAAAAAGAAAAAACUAGAUGAACAGUCUGAAGAUGAGGCGCUUGAGUUAGAGGGGCCACUUAUCACUCCCGGGUCAGGAAGUAUAUAUUCGAGCCCAGGACUGUAUAGUAAAACAAUGACCCCCACAUACGAUGCCCACGAUGGAAGCCCCUUAUCGCCAACUUCAGCGUGGUUUGGUGACAGUGCCCUGUCAGAAGGCAACCCUGGCAUCCUCGCUGUCAGCCAGCCAAUCACUUCUCCAGAAAUCUUGGCAAAAAUGUUCAAGCCUCAAGCUCUUCUUGAUAAAGCCAAAAUCAACCAGGGGUGGCUUGAUUCUUCUAGAUCUCUCAUGGAGCAGGAUGUGAAGGAAAAUGAGGCUUUGCUGCUCCGAUUCAAGUAUUACAGCUUUUUUGAUUUGAAUCCAAAGUACGAUGCCAUUCGAAUCAAUCAGCUUUAUGAACAGGCCAAAUGGGCUAUUCUGCUGGAAGAAAUUGAAUGCACAGAAGAAGAAAUGAUGAUGUUUGCAGCCUUGCAGUAUCAUAUCAAUAAGCUGUCAAUCAUGACAUCGGAGAAUCAUCUGAACAACAGUGACAAAGAAGUUGAUGAAGUGGACGCUGCCCUUUCUGACCUGGAGAUCACUUUGGAAGGGGGCAAAACAUCAGCAAUUUUGGGUGACAUUACUUCCAUUCCAGAACUUGCUGACUACAUUAAAGUUUUCAAGCCAAAAAAACUGACUUUGAAAGGUUACAAGCAAUACUGGUGCACCUUCAAAGAUACGUCUAUUUCUUGCUAUAAGAGCAGAGAAGAGUCCAGCGGCACACCUGCUCAUCAGAUGAACCUCCGAGGAUGUGAAGUUACCCCAGAUGUAAACAUUUCAGGCCAAAAAUUUAACAUUAAACUCCUGAUUCCCGUAGCAGAAGGCAUGAAUGAAAUCUGGCUUCGCUGUGACAAUGAAAAGCAGUACGCACACUGGAUGGCGGCGUGCAGGCUGGCCUCCAAGGGCAAGACCAUGGCCGACAGCUCCUACAACCUGGAAGUGCAGAAUAUCCUCUCCUUCCUGAAGAUGCAGCAUUUAAACCCCGACCCUCAGCUGAUCCCAGAGCAGAUCACGACGGACAUCAACCCCGAGUGCCUCGUGUCCCCUCGCUACCUGAAGAAGUACAAGAACAAGCAGAUAACAGCAAGAAUCUUGGAGGCCCACCAGAACGUGGCUCAGAUGAGUCUCAUUGAAGCCAAGAUGAGAUUCAUCCAGGCCUGGCAGUCACUGCCUGAGUUUGGCAUCACACAUUUCAUUGCAAGGUUCCAAGGGGGCAAAAAGGAAGAACUUAUUGGCAUUGCGUACAACAGACUCAUUAGGAUGGAUGCCAGCACAGGGGACGCCAUUAAAACAUGGCGGUUCAGCAACAUGAAACAGUGGAAUGUAAACUGGGAAAUCAAAAUGGUCACCGUCGAGUUCGCAGAUGAAGUGCGAUUGUCCUUCAUUUGCACCGAGGUCGACUGUAAAGUUGUUCACGAAUUCAUCGGUGGCUACAUCUUCCUGUCAACACGUGCGAAAGACCAAAAUGAGAGUUUAGAUGAAGAAAUGUUCUACAAACUCACCAGCGGUUGGGUGUGAAAGAAGUGUGAUCAAACACUGCAGCCAUUACAAUAUUUAACGUUAAAAAGCUGUUGUCUGUUAUAUGCUGCUUAAUAAAGUAAGCUUGAAAUUUAUCAUUUUAUCAUGAACUUUUUGCCUUACUAGACUGGUUCAUAUGUGCACUAACAAGCACGACUAUUAAUCUGUUACGUUGAUACCGCAUGUGGACUGAGGCGUGUGGCAUGCGUCCCCAGGGGCCACACGGGAAACUGAAUUAGUGGGCAAGUCAGGAACAAAUGGUCACUGAUUUACACUAGCUGAACUAAGAUAAAGCCAUUACUUUAAAGUUCUCCAGGGCAUAACCUAUAUGAAGUCUAUUUAUCAUGUUUAAUGCAUGUGUUUUAAUGUAUGUUUAAUUUGAUGUCAUGUUUUAAUAUAUCCUACUUCCUGAUAGCCAUGGACCCCUCACCCCACCCCCUAAAGUAGAAAUCAAGCCGGCAAAAGAUGCCUGAUACUUUAUAGUAUCAUUGUUUGACCUUGAAGGAAAAUGCUGUUUUGUCUUUUAUGCUUGGUUUGUUUCGUCCUUGAGUAAGCAUGUGUGUAUAUUGUCUUGUUUUUAUUUUACACCAUACUGUAUUAUGACACUUUUAGUAUUCACCAGCAUAUCACUGUCUGCAUAAAAUAUGCAACUUUUGCAUUAUAAUAUGAAGGUCUAUGAAGUAUGCAUUUUUUGUGUAACUAAUGUACAAACACAAAUUUUAUAAAAUUGUACAGUUUUUUUAAAACUACUCAAAAUUAGCAAGUGGCUUAAACGUAGCAUCUUUGCAUUAAUUAAAUGCCUUUCAAAGAUAUGGUUAAUAUGCAGUUUUAGUAUCUGCUAAGUUAAGAAUGACUUCAUGAUGGUCAUGAUUUGCCACAGUGUCCUUAACUCUACGCCUGGCCUGGCUCUGCUCUGGUCUGCUGCGCUGUUACAACCUGCAUUGGUGCUAGUCAGGAAACUGAGCUCACACAGCCCAGGGGGGCCGGGAGGGGAGGAGUACCAGUAUUGUCCAAUAAUCCAUGGUUGAAAGACUGUAUAAAUGCAUUUUAUUUUAAAUAAAAGCAAAAUUGUUU